AUGUCCAAGUUAGAAACCGUUUAUUUGUACGCCGGAGAAGAACAACCACGUGUGAAACUGACCUGUAUUAAAGAGGGCCUCGCAUUGUCUCAAGUUAUCAAGUUUGUCCAUUCCAUUCAAGAAUUGUACGGGAUUGAGUUGCAAACAUCAGAAACCAUAACAGAAAAUUUGAAAAUAGAUUGUGCGCCUGCAUACUUGAAGCCGAACUGUAUUCCUCAUUUCUACAUUUUGGAAUACGAAGAAGCAAAUGGGACGUUUUUCAUUUGGAAGUCGGAUGGUCGGUGGCAAUUAAACAAAGUUUCUACGCUGUUGUAUUCAGAUGAGGAUAGCAAUUUGAUCAAGAACACUUCGUGGAGGGAGGUCUUCCAGGAUGACCAGAGGUUCAAGCAUUAUGGUAAACGGGCUUGGUUACAACUCUGUCUUGAAAAGAUGAAUGAGGACCUGUCAAAACUAAACGUCGAACAAUUUUGGUCUCAAUUCAAUAAAAUAUUUCAUAAUAUUACCAAGCAAAAGCAAAGUAAUGAGCGGUUCGAUAUGGACGUCUUCGAUAACUUCAAGAAUGUUGUCUCCAUAGCCAUCAUAAAGACUAAGGUAUUUUCAAAUAAGCGAAUUUUGACAGCAACUUUAAAAAAUUACCAUGACUCGCUGAAGCAAAAGUAUAACGUUCGGGAACAGAAUCUGAAGGAAAAUAGCUUGGAAUCACGUCCACACAGCGAUCCUUCUACAUCUCUGGAAAGCGAAUCAAGGAAUUUUUCUCCACUAAACUCCCUAUCCCCUCCUUCUUUGGGUACCGAUGACGAAGCAACUUCGACAGAUUACAUUUAUAACGACCCUGCAUCAAAGCCCGCAAAUAUGAGUUUCAUGCAUUCAAGCGCUACAAAUGAUCUUAUUAAGUCGAAUUUUGAGAGCUAUUUCAAGUUGAUGGCUGAAGAUUAUGAAACUUUUGAUUUGAGAGCCUGGUCCAGACAAAGACCUCGGAAGUUCCAGCUUGUAGAGAAAAAGAAAGUUUCCAAGAAUUCUUCCAGUGACCAUCGCCCACAUAAAAAUGGUAAAAUUUCCUUUUAA